AUGAUACAGAUGCAUUCCGCACGCAUAGAGACUGCCACCAGACUUUUGGAUGGAUAUAGCAGCCUCUCCGUACCAACCCUCCUUGAAACUCUAGCGGACAACUUCAGACACCGCAUCUUGCCCGAAAGUCUGGACAUGCCGAUUCGUGACAAGGAGGCAUUCGCGCAACAUGCAAUGGGCGUCUUCGGCAUCUUCGAAAAGUUCCAGAUGAUACCGGUCUCCGUUUACGAGGAUGAGGAGGCCGACGUGGUUGUAGUUCAUGCACAUAUGCGGGGUACGCUCAAGGCGGGGCCCCGGGAUCCGUGGGAGAACGAAUGCGUCAUGGUGAUUCACCUGUCGGCGGAUGGAAAUAAGGUUGUGGAAAUCUCCGAGUUUGUUGAUAGCACGAAGGCGGUACAGAUGAGGCAGAAGCAUGCUUCCAAGGUCUUCGCAAGCAACGGACAGCAGAAGGCAGUUUUGCGAGACACGCUGGUGCCCGACGUCAAGCAGAUCGCCGUACUCUGCAUUGCAUAUCACAUAUUGCUGAUUGUUUCUUCGCGGCUUUUCGGUCUAUCGUUUAUCUAG